AUGUCUGCAAAGCCAGCAGACGCCUCCCGGCCUCGCGCCGCUGACCCCAAGAAGGUCCACAUUGCCGAUACUGUCAUGACACGCGGCAACUGGUACAAGCAUGUCAACUGGCUGAACGUCUUCCUCAUCAUCGGUAUCCCCUUGUACGGCUGUGUCCAGGCCCUCUGGGUGCCCUUGCAGGUCAAGACUGCUAUCUGGGCCGUCAUCUAUUACUUCUUCACUGGUCUCGGUAUCACUGCAGGUUGGUUUGCCCCAUUCAAAGGUAACACUGUCAAGACAUGCUGA